AUGGCCUCCCCCCAAAAGCUCGACAAGGGCAAGAUCUACCUCGGCUCGUACCUGCUCGAACGAUUGGCGCAACUGGACGUGCGCACGAUCCAAGGUGUGCCCGGCGAUUUCAACCUCGCCUUCCUCGAUCUUGUAGAGGACCAUGAGCAACUCGAAUGGAUCGGCUGUUGCAACGAAUUGAAUUCGGCUUAUGCUGCUGAUGGCUAUGCGAGGGUCAAACAGGUCCGUCCAUUCGCUCUGGGUCGUUGAACCGGAAGUCCUCGGGCUGGGUGCGACCGAGAUCGGACUCUAGCAAGCUCCUCAGGUCAAAACAUCGCCAGCGGCAUCAGAAGCUGACCCUCAGAUCUCCAACCUGUGCUCGUCACACAGAGUCAAGCAUCUUACUCUGGAAAGGGGACUUCACGCAAGACGACCGGUGGCGUCAAAGGCUUCGCCGCUGUGAUCACUACCUUUGGCGUGAGUCAUAGCGCGCGCGCAGAUUCCCCAAGCGAGUUUGGGAGUUCUCACCCAACUUGCUUCUCAUACACUCAACAGGUCGGAGAACUCAGCGCGAUGAAUGGUAUUGCUGGAGCCUACAGCGAGCGCGUGCCUUUGCUCCACAUCGUCGGUCAGUUCGGGUCGCAUGAAGCAAAUCCUGCUACCAUCACAGAUCUCGGCGCUCAUACGCCCACGAUACUUGUCAUCGCAGGCGUACCAUCGACCAAAGCGCAAAAGGAAAAGUUUUUGUUGCACCAUACCCUCGGAGAUGGCCGCUACAACGCUUUCGAACGAGCUGCUGAGAGCAUCACCGCCGCGCAAGCCUUUUUGCAGACCACUGACGGAGCCUGCGACGAAAUUGACCGAGUAAUUCGUGUAGCGUUCGAGACGGCGCGUCCGACCUACCUGACCCUUCCGACCGAUCUCGUCUUCAGGUGAGCCAAGAGGCUUGAAUUCGUUUUUCAUUGUCCUCUCGAGCUGAUGGUGGCCGCUCUGCUCUCACAGUCCCGUCGAUGCAUCCAGGCUUGAAACGCCUGUCAUCCCCGACGGGUUCUCGACCAAAGAUAAGACGAUGCUUCCUUCGGGCGAAAAGAUCGACGACUCCAAGAUGAAGGUCGUCGACUUUGUCACCAAGGAGAUCACCCGUUUGUGGGACGCGGCCAAGAACCCGACGAUCCUCAUUGAUGCAUGCGCGAUCCGCUACGGUGUGACCCACCUCGUUCGCGAUCUCGUCGAAGCCACCCAGGUCAAGUACUACACCACGCCCAUGGGUAAAUCAGCGCUUGAUGAGGAUCCUUCGAAAGGGUUUGCCGGUGUUUACGUCGGAGAGAUUACGUGCGAGAGUGUGAAGGAAGCGUUCGAAAAGACCGACCUCAAGAUCUUUGUCGGCGCGCUUCAAAGUGAUUUCAACUCGGGAGAGUUCAGUCAAGUCAUCGGGGAAGAGGAAAAGAUUGAACUGUGAGUAUGGCUUCUGUGGUCCGGGAAGACCUUCCUCGAGGAACUGGCUGACGAUAUGAUCCAUACCAUGGUUGCGCAGUCAUUCUGAUAGGGUGUCGGUGCAAUACGCCAACUACCCUACUGGUAAGCUUUAAAUAGACGAUUGCAUAUCAUGUGCUGUGACUAAUUACAUAACUGCGUGGUCGCACACAGUCUCGUUCCACACCAUCUUGCCAGCUCUCGCCAAGAGUCUCAAGCCAAAGAAGGUCGAAGAGACAGACGCCUCGGCAGGCCAGGCGUUCAAGAUCCCGGACAGUCCUGCGGACGAGAUGGUCACCCAAGCUGCGUUCUGGCCCAUGUGGGGCAAGUUUUUGCAAGAGAAUGACAUCAUCCUCACCGAGACGGGCACCUCCUCGUUCGGUUUCCUUGAUGUGCCCUUGCCCAAGGGCGCGACGUACAUCUCGCAGACGCUUUAUGGCGUAAGUCUGGGGCUCAGGCUUCACUCAAAUAUAGAAUACUAAGUUCCAUCUUGCCUCAUGUGUUACAGUCAAUUGGGUGGGCUGGCGGAGCAUUGCUCGGUGCUUGCCUGGCCGCCAGGGAGGCCGGCUUUCCUCGCAGAACCCUUCUCUUCAUCGGCGAUGGCUCGCUCCAAUUGACCGUACAAGACAUCUCGACCAUGCUGCGUCAUGAUCUCAAGCCUAUCAUCAUCCUACUCGAUAAUGAUGGUUACGUGAUUGAACGCAAGAUUCACGGCGAGGACAGGGUCUAGUGAGUCCUUCUUGUCACCUGUGGCGCCUCCAAAUCUCCUGUUCCUGAUUUUCGCUGGGCACCCCAUCUUCCCGCCUUCUAAGCAACGACAUCGCAACGUGGAAAUGGCAAGAGAUGCUCUCCUUUUUCAACGGCAACAACAUCCCGACGCGCUCGUACCUCGCCCAGACUCGGGGCGAACUCGAGUCGAUCCUCGCCGACGAUCAAUUCGCCAAGGCGGACGUGUUCCAGUUGUUGCAGGUCAAGAUGGACCGUCAAGAUGCGCCGGCGGCGCUGCUUCGUCAGGCCAAGUUGAGUGAGAAGCUCAAUAGUUCGUAGAACUGUGCUGGUGACCCGAGCGGAGUUUAUCCGGAGGUGGAUCGCUCAAUUUUUCCGGAAUUUUUCCGGAAUGCGCUUCGGAUAGAGCUUCUAGAUUCGAUGUAUUAUUUUAUAUCUGCUUGUGCACAUAACAUAGUUUCUUGUUCUCAAGUGAAUGUCUUCGACCGCGCGCCACCAACUUGGACCAUGCUAGCGCCAACGCAUGUCUUGGCAGGCGGCACCCAAGCCCCCCCCCCCCGCCCCCCACCCAGCCCCACCCGGUCCAAGCGCGAGCGACACGUCUCCUCGCGUGCAGUCCAGCCCUCUCCUCUCUCCACUCACUCUCCUUUCCACCCACCCACAACCACCAAUCCAGGAAGGUCUACUACAGCAAUGUAAGCACUCUCUAACUUGAACUCUCCUUCCCAUGCCCCAACUGAACUGGACCGCUCGAUUCCCUACCAUACAAACGCAGGUCCCCGAUCUCGGACACGUUCCUCACCUCCCUAUCCAACACGCUCGGUAUCGUCGCCGUGUUGUUGAUCGUGGUGUUUCAAUUCGUUGAAGUGAAUGCAAAGAGGGAGAAUGAGAGGGAGCGCAAGUGA